CCGAGCCGUUUGAGGCCUUCGUUCUUGACUUCUAUAGAGCUCCAGAUGUGCGUGGAGAAUUUAAUCAAGCCGUGCAUGUCAACUUCUCUGGGACUGCUCACGCAAUAGUUUCAUGCUUGACAAAGAUGGCCUGGUUUGCUACUCAACUGCUCCUCGUUGGAUCAGAGGGGCAAGCGAGUGGUGUGACCAUUGGAAACAAUGUGUGUGGUUUCUUCCUGGACAAGGUGUUUCGGUGGAGGAGCAGUCGGAGCUUCGCGUCGUAGUCAGCCAUGAUGAAGCGUCAGUGCGGUAUGACAUCAAUGGUGGUGUAUGCUGUAAUAGUUCAGCGUCUGGUUUCGAGCUGAGCCUACAAAGGUGUCGCAUGCUUGGUGACGGUAGCAGGCGUUCUAUCAUACAGUCUGCCAUUCAGAAAGCUCUUGGAGAACGAGAAUUUGGAAACUGUCUCAUUCGGGAUGACGGCCUGAUGAGCGCCGUGUGUGCUCUAUCUACAGCGCAUGGAUCCUGCCAUGUGGCUGGCUUGUUUCCAGGCUGUAGAAGAGAUGGCUUGAAGUACUUGGAGAGCGUCGCGAGCAAGCUGUCUAUUAUACACAAAGACGUCAAGCAUCUCACUGGGGACGAUUUCAAGGGGCAUAAAGUGGAUGUUCUUCUAGGGGACCCUUAUUACGCCACGUACGAGCAUGCGUUGCCGUGGAAGCAGCUUCGGUUUUGGUACGAGAGAACGACGCUAAGUCCGUUGCUAUCAGAGAACCCUAUUAUAGUUCCCUGCUUUGGAAUUCUCUAUGGGAUGGCUUGUCAUCUUCCUCCGCUGUCGCCUUGAAGAAGUCGAUGGCUUUGAUCACAGGUCAUUGACAAAACCGUUUUCGCUGCUCGAGUUCAACAUGCGUGAGG